AUGCUACAUCAAUGUGAUAUCUGUGGUAAAUCAUUCUCUCAGAAAUCUUACAUAGUUAUCCACAAACGUUUUCAUACAGGUGGUGAGAUACCCUAUCAUUGUGAUAUCUGUGGCAAAUCACACUCCCAGAUAUCUGCUCACACCUCUGAGAAACACUUCAAUUGUGAUAUAUGUGACAAAACUUUCACCCAGAAAGCUCAACUUGUUACCCACCUACGAAGUCACACUGGAGAAAAACCUUAUCACUGUGAAAUAUGUGGUAAAUCCUUUUCUGAUAACAGUUUCUUCUCAAAUCACAAAAAAGUACACCUUAGUGAAAAGUCUUUGCAUUGUGAAAUAUGUGGAAGAUAUUUUGUUCAUAAUGGAGACUUGACAAAACACAAAAAAAUACACAGAGUAGAGAAAACAUUUCUGUGUCAAGUAUGUGGGAAAUCCUUUUGUAGUGGCAGACAGUUAAUAAGGCACAAGAGAAUACACUUUGGAGAAAAAAACUUCGAUUGUGAAAUAUGCGGGAAAUCAUUUGUUAAUAAUUGUCAUCUUAUUGUUCAUAUCCGUACUCACACUGGAGAAAAACCUUAUUGUUGUGAAACAUGUGUAAAAUCAUUUGUGUCAAAAGGCCAAUUAACGAAACACAAACAAACUCACAUUAUAGGGAAGACCUCACACUGUGAAACAUGA